UCGGCACGCAGCACGCUGCGGUACCGAUUAGCGAAGCUCCCCCCUCCCUCCCGGCGCUCCGCCCGCUCCUUGUCCGCUCCGGCGAUGGGAACUCGCCGCGGCAGCGGCGUGCUCCACCGCCUCCUCGCCCUCUCGUCGCUGCUGCUCCUCGCUUCCGGUGAGAUCGUCUUCGAGGAGCGCUUCGAAGAUGGUUGGGAGAGUCGGUGGGUAGAAUCCGAUUGGAAAAGGAGUGAAGGGAAAGCUGGAAGGUUCAAACACACAGCGGGGAGAUACUCUGCAGAUCCUGAUGACAAAGGAAUACAAACAACAAUGGAUGCUAGACAUUUUGCUAUCUCAGCCAAGUUCCCACAAUUCAGUAACAAGAACCGGACACUUGUGGUCCAGUACUCCAUUAAGUUUGAGCAGGAUAUUGAAUGUGGUGGUGGCUAUAUUAAGCUUAUGUCUGGUUAUGUCAACCAAAAAAAAUUUAGUGGGGACACUCCAUACAGCUUGAUGUUUGGGCCAGAUAUAUGUGGUACUCAAACAAAGAAGCUCCAUCUUAUAGUCUCUUACCAGGGGCAGAACUAUCCCAUCAAGAAAGAUCUAGAAUGUGAGACGGACAAGUUAACACAUUUCUACACUUUCAUUCUUAGGCCUGAUGCGUCUUAUAGCCUACUUGUUGACAACCGCGAAAGAGAAACUGGGAGCAUGUACACCGAUUGGGAUAUCCUCCCUCCUCGUAAAAUUAAGGAUCUUCACGCCAAAAGGCCUAAGGACUGGGAUGACAGAGAAUAUAUUGAAGAUCCUGAUGAAGUAAAGCCAGAGGGCUAUGAUUCUAUCCCAAAACAGAUUCCUGAUCCGAAGGCCAAAAAGCCUGACACGUGGGAUGAGGACGAGGAUGGAAUAUGGAAGCCCAGGAUGGUAUCGAAUCCAGCAUACAAGGGACCAUGGAAACGCAAGAGAAUUAAAAAUCCUAACUACAAGGGUAAAUGGAAGACCCCAUGGAUCGAUAAUCCAGAGUUUGAGGAUGAUCCAGAUCUUUAUGUGCUGAAGCCUUUGAAGUAUAUUGGAAUUGAAGUUUGGCAGGUAAAAGCUGGUUCAGUUUUCGACAACAUUUUGAUUUGUGAUGACCCUGAGUAUGCAAGAAAUGUUGUUGAGGAAACUUGGGGUGCUAAUAGGGAGGCUGAAAAGGAGGCUUUUGAAGAAGCUGAAAAGGAGAGGAAAGCUAGGGAGGAUAGGGAAGGUCAAAAGGCAAAGGAUGAUGGUGGGCGCCGAAGGCCUCGUAAAAAACACUACAGAGAUCACUGGGAUGACUACCAUGAUGAGCUAUGAAGUCCCCAAAGUAUUGCAUUCCUCAAAGCAUAAGCUGGAAGUUGCUUUGGACAUUGUGGAUACUUUUCAAUAAUAAUUGAUUCGCGAGGCCCGAACAACCUGAAGUGUUUCUUGCUAUGUGCCAAAAAAAUAAUCAACUACAGGAUUGAGAUGUAACGGACAAAACACAAAACUGAAGAUCUUUUCUGCUUCCUGUGCAACAGCAGGAGAUUCCAGCGAAAACUUGGCUCUGGCACUGAAAUAGGGUGGACGAGGUUCUGUUCGUUAUGUCUGUAACACGGUGCUGGCCAUGUGCUAGCUUUGUAAUCUCAAAACAUUGUCUUUGCCUCAAUAAUGUAAGUUGGUCAUACGAUGAUUCCAAAAUUUACUGCACACCAAGUUACGAAGUGUUGUAGCUGAGGAACACUAAUGUUCAUAGUAUAUAUACUUCUAUCUUCAAAAGAUACGAUGUACUUGGUUUAU